CUUUUGAUUGGAACUGACUGAGCAGCGUUGUUUGCAGAGUUGGUCAAGUGCCGUCUUUGAUUAAGCUGCAAACUGAACGGGGAAAGGGGGUAAAUCUUCAUCAUGGUCCAAUGCGAACGCCUUUUCGAAUCUCACACGGUCAUCACGGAAGAUGGUUACUCCCUCACGCUCCUCAAAAUCCCAGCCUGCGGAGGGGUCUCAACCAAACCCCCCGUUCUCAUGGUCCACGGCCUCAUUUCCACCGGAAUUCACUGGUUUAUGAACACCCCACAAAAAGACCUGCCUCACAAAUUGGCGAGCCAAGGGUACGACUGUUGGUUGGCGAAUUUGAGGGGGACUUCACUUUCUCGAUCCCACGUGAGGGUUCCUUCUCAUACUACAAAGUUUUGGGAUUUCAGUUGGCAUGAGAUGGGGCAGUACGACCUUCCAGCCAUGAUUGACUACAUUCUGAACCACUCUGGGAGUACAACCUUAUCUUACGUUGGUCAUUCAAUGGGAUGCGCUGUCUACUUUGUAGCAAUGGCCUUGCACCCUGAGUUAAAUUCCAAAAUCAACGUCAUGGUCGCACUGGCACCUUCCGUCUACGGGAGACACAUUCGCAAUACUCUGGCCCGAAUCAGCGUCCCCGUCGGAACCUUUCUGGGCAAACUGAGGAGUGUGUACAGCCGAGAGAUUUUUCCCAUGACGCUGAUCGCCUAUGCCAAAAAGUUCCUGCCCUAUCUCACCUUAAAUCCUGAGAGGGUGGGCAGCUGGAUAUUAAGAACUUUUGGAACACAAACUGGCGUGAUGGGAAACCAACAAAUUGAAAAGCAUCGAAUGAUCCGCAUUGCAGGAGAACUGCCAUCGCCCACAUCUCUCAAGACCUUUUGCCACGGCACGCAAUGCUUUUCUUCGGGACGAUUCCAGCAAUACGACUACGGGAAAAUUGGCAACUAUCAUCGCUACGGAGAACCCGAGCCGCCCAUCUACGACAUCAGCAAAACGACCGCUCCUGUUGCUACCUUCUACUCAAUCGGCGACCAGCUAUGCACAAUCAACGAUGUCUCGAUGUUAGCCAAACAGCUCCCAAACUUAAUUGGAAAUUUUGGAAUCCAUCACACACAGUUUGCUCACACAGACUUUAUGUUUGGGAAGGACGCUGACAGGCUCGUUUAUGACAAAAUUCUUCUCAUUUUGGACCAACACAUCAUGUGAUAACUAAGCAAAUAAGUGCAAAAGUAUUUAUUCUGAUUACUGUAUUAUUAUUAGUAGUAGUACAUACGUGUGUCUAGUGUAGUGAAUAAGGCGUUUACUACAAUUUCCUAGUUAAAUAAUUACUCCUUUUGUACAUAAUUUCCAUACGUUUCAGUCUCUGUAGACAUCAAUAAAUGUGAAAUUCAUGAGAAAUUACCAAGUAUGCAUGAGUGGGCUUAUCUAAAGCGCAACGAGAUAAAAGAAUUAUUAAUACUUA